AUGGCGAACGCUCAAAUUCACGGCGUGAAAGCCAGCAACGGAGGGACUGUUAGAAACGAGAUCCACAUCGGCGACUCACACUCUCAGCGCAACUUAAAUCUCACAUUCAACAAGUUUGUCUUCAACAACUACCCACCGGAUAGGGCCCAACAGUUGCUGGCUGCGCCUGAGAUUGCAAGAUUCGCCAUUCCCGUUGUAACGAGUCUCCAGACCGGCCACACCCAUCCAGAAAUGUCACUGUCAUCACCAAUAAAACACGGAGCUGCACUGGACGAAGACGAGACCCGUACGGGUGCCCCUGGUCACACAGACCUCCAUCUCGACGACGCCGUCAACCGCGAUGCGCCCUUGUACAUCCUGGACGUCUACGAGGACGACUACGAGCACCUCAAACGCAGGUAUGAUGUCGAUGACGACAUGGAGGCCUUCCCGGAGAGUCUCUAUCAAAAAGACUGCGCAGCAGCGCACGAGGACGACAUCCGGAACGCCGUCUCGCAGUGGCUCCACUCGUCGCGCGAGUCUGCCCUCCUGACUAUCGAUGGGUCCGAGUAUGACGACCAUUGGACUACCCGCUUCGCCGUGGAAGCCGUCCACGACGCGAGACUGCACCCGAAGCACCAGCGUGUUUGCCAUCACUUUUGCGGCGAGCGACCGGGUGAGAAAGGACCCUGGCCGUCUCGCGUCGUGGCUCAUCUUCUUGCUCAGCUGGGCCCCACGCAGGACGCGAAGACGGCCGACCUAACCCAGUCGCAUCACAAUUGCGUUAGAGCAGAUAUGGUCCCUGUCGACAAGCUCUGGGGACUAUUGGGGGGCUACGUAAGGGCAGCGGGCAUAGACUCGAUCACCAUCAUUUUGGAUAGAAUUGAUGUCCUGUACUGUGAAUGUGCGGACGUCAAAGCGACGGAACGAUUUUUCGCCUUUCUGAAGGGCUUAUCAUGGCUGAUGAGAUUGGGGCCUGUGGUACGUGUUAUGGUGACGAGCCGGAACUUGGACUCAGAGAUCCUGGAGCGCAUUCGAACCGCCUGCUGA